UUGGAUUUUCUGUUUGAUCAGUUCGAAAAGUGAGUUGGUCGAGCGAACAGCCAUUUGCCGAGAGCAGCGGAAGCGAAACAAGACGAGACGAGUCGAGACGAGAGACCAGCGGUACUAUAGAGUAGUAUACGAUCCAGGAGCGAAAGACGAGGCCACCGGAGACAGCGACGGCGCGACGGGUGUAAAGUUACUAAAUAACAAACGAACGACCAGAAACUACCGAUAUAUAUUGUAGUGCCUGAAAUAUCCAAUAAUUUUCGAGUGACAUUCGCCACAAAUCAAUCGAUCGUUCGAUUUGAAACCUGAUUUGUAGAGUUCGUAUCUGCAAGUGUGUGUGUGCAUGUAAGCCAUGGGUUCUGGGCGUGCGAGCGAGAUCGAGCGAGAACACUGAUUCGAUUCAAUUCGAUUCGAAUUCAAUUACAAAAUUCAUUGAGUGUCAAUUACAACCGCAAAAUACAAAACCACACGCACAAAUCUCAGGAGGUGAUUCCGAGAUCCCAAAGAUCCCAAAGAUCCAGAUCCAGAUCCACAUCCACAGCCAUAAAUCAUGCCUACGACAUUGAUGUUGCUGCCGUGCAUGUUGCUGUUGCUGCUGACCGCCGUUGCUGUUGCUGUCGGCGGCACGCGACUGCCGUUGGAGGUGUUCGAGAUCACGCCGACAACAUCCUCGGCGGACAAGCACAAGACUCUGGAGUACACAGUCUACGAUGCCAAAGAUAUUUCACCAGCAGCAGGAGCUGGAGCAGGAGCAGCAGCUGUAGCCACCAGUACAGUAAAGCCUGUAGCCGAACAACUCACCGUCGUUAGCAUUUCCACGACGGCCGCGGAAAAGGAUCUCGCCGAAACGCGGCGACAUGCGCGACAAAUGUUGCAGAAACAGCAGCAACAUCGCAGCAUCAUCAGCAAGCACGGCGAACGGGAUCUGCGCAUCCUUUACCAAGUGGGGGACUCCGAAGAGGACUUGCCCAUCUGCGCACCAAAUGCGGUUUGCUCCAAGAUUGACCUGUACGAAACCCCUUGGAUUGAGCGCCAAUGUCGCUGCCCUGAAUCGAAUCGCAUGCCCAACAAUGUUAUCAUCCAUCAUCACAGUCAUUCGUCGGGAUCUGCGGAUUCCUUGAAGUACAGGAAUUACUUCGAAAGGGAGAAGAUGAUGCAGCACAAGCGAAUGCUCUUGGGUGAAUUCCAAGAUAAGAAAUUCGAAAGUCUGCAUAUGAAGAAGCUGAUGCAGAAGCUAGGAGCCGUUUACGAAGACGAUAUAGAUCAUUUGGAUCAAUCGCCGGACUAUAAUGAUGCUUUGCCCUAUGCGGAGGUGCAGGAUAAUGAAUACCCUAGGGGACCGGCGCACAUGAGGCACUCAGGACAUCGAGGCUUAAAGGAGCCACCAACUUCUUUUAUUGGCGGCUGUCCCAGUAGUUUGGGCGUUGAGGAUGGUCAUACGAUUGCGGAUAAGACGAGGCACUACAAAAUGUGCCAGCCGGUGCAUAAGUUGCCAGUUUGCAAACACUUCCGUGACUACACUUGGACCUUGACAACGGCAGCCGAGCUGAAUGUGACGGAGCAGAUAGUUCACUGUCGGUGUCCCCGGAAUUCGGUGACCUAUCUUACCAAGAGGGAACCCAUCGGCGACGGCAGUCCAGGCUACAGAUAUCUGUUCGCCUGCUCUCCUCUGACUCGCCUUCGCUGUCAGCGAAAACAACCGUGCAAAUUGUUCACGGUGCGAAAACGUCAGGAGUUCCUGGACGAGGUCAACAUCAACUCCCUGUGCCAGUGCCCAAAAGGUCACCGCUGUCCCAGUCAUCACACGCAGUCUGGCGUGAUAUCCGGCGAGAGUUUCCUGGAGGACAACAUACAGACAUAUUCCGGGUACUGCAUGGCCAACGAUUGAGGUCAUCACUAAGGGAUCAUCAUUCCACAUACACACACACACUUUGUAAAGGAGGACAGAUUGAGCGGGGGGAAGAGCUACUAUAUAGAUAUCGACUGAGCCAAUUGAGUCUCGCCAAGUUACCAACUAAUGAGAAAGGAAAAACGAACAAAUGCAAGCUUAGAAAACUUAAAAUGCACUUCCACACAAAUCAUUUUGAUGUUUCGAAAGAGCGUGUUUCUUUUGCUACCAAAUUUUGGUCAUAAAACGUAUGAUAUAAAUAUUUAAUUAGUUUUAAGCAACGAUAUGUGCGCAGUUUGUUAUACAAAUAAUUUGUAAUGAAUAUUUAUGAAAACAAGAACAAAACCUGCAACGAAGGAGGGGCCAUUUCCUUCCCUUAUGUAAUAUAGCAACAAACUAUACUCGUAAUCUAACCCGCAUAAAUUGUAUAUAUCUUAAUAUAUGUAUAACUUUAAACAAAACAAAACAAACAAAAACAGUUUCAGUUAUAAUUUAAAAGGAAAUUGCGUAGAGCAACGCAGCAAAGGUCAAAGAGCAGGAUGUGCCAAAAGAGCAGUUGGGGUGCAGUUAGUUAUCGUAAGGAUAUGUCAUUGAAUAAUUCAUAGCGAGGGCAGUUCGAAACUGUGGCAACUCUGGCAGCUAUUUCAGUGCAAUUUUCGUGAGCUACUUCAAGCGAAUUCCUUUGAAAUUCAGAAAUGACUUGCCAAGGAAAUUAGAAAUUAAUUUAGAAAUUGCACAAAGGCUUUUCACUCCAUGUGUGACGUAAAGUAACCUUCUCUUCCCUCUUACUAUCCAUAUGUACAUCGAUUUAAGCUACAAGAUUUGCUUUAUCUUAAUACGAGUAACGAUAUAGAGCGAUGUUUGGUUUUGAACACUUUGUAAAAAGGCAAAAAAUAAAUUUUAAUUUAUGAAAAAAUGUGUAAAAU